AUGCCCUCUGAAGUACUGACCUCUUACUACGACUAUCCCACUCAUGACCAAGAGGCGUGGUGGCGGGACACGGGUCCUCUUUUCGGACGCUUCCUUAAAGGCACUGGGUAUGACGUCCACACCCAAUACCAAUACCUGGUGUUCUUCAUAAAGAACAUCCUUCCGUCCCUGGGACCAUAUCCCGCCAGAUGGCGCAGCACUAUCACGCCGACUGGACUGCCAAUCGAGUACAGUCUCAAUUUCCAGCAGAAUUCCCGGCCAUUACUGCGCAUUGGGUUCGAACCGCUGAGUCGCUUCUCUGGGACACCUCAGGAUCCCUACAACAAGAUCGCCACGGCAGACCUAUUUAAUCAGCUGUCGAAAGUACAGCUACAUGAUUUCGAUACCCAACUUUUCCAUCACUUCACAAGCGACUUCGACCUGUCAAGAUCUGAGACCGAAGCUUUGCACAAGCAGGGUGGUAUCAAUGGAAAAAGCACCGUUCGCAGCCAAACGGCUUUCGGGUUCGAUCUGAAAGGUGGCCGGGUCGCCGUUAAGGGUUAUGUGUUUGCCGGGCUGAAAAACAGAGCCACUGGGAUCCCCGUGGGCCAGCUCAUUUCGAAUUCCGUUCGCAAGCUGGAACCCCAGAUGCAUUGCUGGGAUUCUUUCUCCAUCCUGAACGAGUACAUGGAGGAAAGCGAUGGCUGGAACGAGUACUCUUUCGUGUCGUGGGAUUGCGUCGAUAUUGAACGGUCUCGGCUUAAGUUGUACGGCGUUCAUAAUGCAGUGACAUGGGACAAGGUCAAGGAGAUGUGGACAUUGGGCGGACGAAUCGAGGACGAUGCCACCAUCAAGGCUGGUCUCGAGCUAUUGCAGCACAUGUGGUCGCUGCUCCAUAUCAACGAAGGUAACCGCGACUACAAGGGUGGAUUCGCAGCCGACAACGGUGGAAAGACGUUGCCCAUUAUCUGGAACUAUGAGCUCAACAAGGGCAGUCCACACCCAGCGCCCAAGUUCUAUUUCCCGGUCCACGGCGAGAAUGACUUGCAGGUAUCAAAGUCCAUUUCCGAAUUCUUCACACAUCUGGGAUGGGAGGACCACGCGAGACAAUACCCGCACCUGCUGCGUCAAAUAUAUCCUAACCAGAACAUCUCACAAACCGAGCGCCUGCAAGCGUGGAUUUCGUUUGCAUACCACGAACGCACCGGACCGUACUUGAGCGUCUAUUACUACUCCGCCGAGCGUCCGCCUUGGGGAAGCGAUCAGGUCAAAUAA